AUGUCGGUCUCCGUAGAAGAACUUGAUGCCACCGUGCGGGCUUUUCAACAAGGCAAGGGUGAACAACAGAAACAAGCUCAACAGAAGCUCAACGAGUUCAAAUCCAACCCAGAUGCCUGGUUGAUGGUGGACAAGGUUCUACAAGAAUCUACGUACGAAGCAACAAAAUACUUGGGUCUUCAGGUGCUGGAUGAUGUUGUCAAUACAAGAUGGAAGGUCCUGCCCCGUGAGCAGUGCCUGGGGAUUCGAAACUUCGUCGUCAAUCAGAUUCUGGCGGCCUCGGAGACUGAAGAAUCCCUCAAAGCCAACAAACUUUUCCUCAACAAGUUGGAUCUGACUUUGGUCACCAUCCUGAAGCAAGAAUGGCCACACAACUGGCCCACCUUCAUCAACGAAAUCAUUUCUGCAUGCCACAGUGGAUUGUCCGUAUGCGAGAACAACAUGACCAUUCUGCGGCUACUGUCUGAAGAAGUCUUUGACUUUUCGCAAGAUCAAAUGACUUCCACCAAAGCGAAGAAUCUCAAGACCACUAUGUGUGCGGAAUUUUCCUCGAUCUUCCAGCUGUGUAACGAGGUUCUCACCACGGCCACCUCGAUUAGCUUGGUCAAAGCCACCCUCGAGACGCUCCUGCGCUUCUUGAACUGGAUCCCACUUGGAUUUAUCUUCGAGACAAAGCUCAUUGAUACGCUAGUGACUCGCUUCCUCGAGGUCGACCAGUUCCGUAACAUCACCCUCAAGUGCUUGACUGAGAUUGGUGGCUUGCAACUAGGUCCACAGUCCAAUUACGACGACAAGCUGGUUCAGAUGUUCACCGAGACUCUCACCGUCGUUGCAAAGACCAUUUCUCUAGAGACCGAUUUCCGAGAGGCAUAUGCCAAAGCUAAGCCUUCGGAACAAGAAUACAUCCUCAAUCUCGCCAUAUUCCUCUGCAACUACUUCUCAGCGCACCUGCAAACAAUCGAAAGACUGCCAAACACCGACUACCUGUUACAUGGUCACUUCUACCUUAUCAAGAUUAGUUUGAUCGAUGACCGGGAAAUCUUCAAAAUUUGUCUGGAAUACUGGAACAAGUUGGUGCAAGAGCUCUAUGAAGAAAUGCAGCAAUUACCCAUCACGGAACUCAAUCCACUUGUCAGCAUGGGUGUGAGUGGUUUGGCUAACGGCGGCGCACCUCACCCUAGCACUCUCGCCAAUUACCCGUUGCGGAAACACAAGUACUCUCAGGUUUUGUCAAGUCUGCGACAGGUGAUGGUCGAAAAGAUGGUACGUCCUGAGGAAGUGCUCAUCGUAGAGAACGACGAAGGAGAGAUUGUUCGAGAGUUCGUCAAGGAGAGCGACACCAUUCAACUCUACAAGACUACCCGCGAAUGUUUAGUUUACCUUACACAUCUUGAUGUGGUUGACACGGAAAAUAUCAUGUCGGAGAAACUCGCGCGACAAGUAGAUGGCACUGAGUGGUCCUGGAACAACUGCAAUACUCUCUGCUGGGCGAUCGGCUCAAUAUCUGGUGCUAUGAACGAAGAAACCGAAAAGCGAUUCCUGGUGACCGUCAUCAAGGACCUCCUUGGUCUGACCGAGAUGAAGCGGGGCAAAGAUAACAAGGCUGUGGUGGCCAGUAACAUCAUGUACAUUGUUGGACAGUACCCUCGCUUCCUGAAGGCCCACUGGAAGUUUUUGAAGACUGUCGUCAACAAGCUCUUCGAAUUCAUGCACGAGACACACGAGGGUGUCCAAGACAUGGCCUGCGAUACAUUCAUCAAGAUUGCCAACAAGUGCAAGCGCCAUUUCGUGGCUCUGCAGCCUGGUGAGACUGAACCGUUCAUCGAUGAGAUUGUGCGUAACAUGCAGAAGAUCACUUGCGAUCUCACUCCUCAGCAGAUACACACUUUCUACGAGGCUUGCGGUUAUAUGAUUUCCGCACAGGGUCAGAAGAGUGUACAGGAUCGUUUGAUUGACAAUCUCAUGUCUCUUCCUAACCAGGCAUGGGACAACAUCAUUGCGCAAGCCAACCGUGAUUCGACCAUUCUUCAAGACGGCGAAACCAUCAAGGUCAUUGGAAAUAUCAUGAAAACCAACGUCGCUGCAUGCUCAUCGAUCGGAACCUACUUCUAUUCACAAAUUGGCCGCAUCUAUCACGACAUGCUCAACAUGUAUCGAGCGUCGAGUCAACUGAUCUCGGACUCUGUCGCUGCUGGAGGUAAUGUUGCGACAAAGACUCCUAAGGUCCGAGGUCUGCGUACAAUCAAGAAAGAAAUCCUCAAACUCGUCGACAUCUAUGUGCAGAAGGCUGAUGACUUGCAAAUGGUCAAUGACACUAUGGUGCCGCCGUUGCUCGAUGCUAUUCUGCUUGAUUACCAACGCAACGUGCCUGAUGCUCGAGACGCCGAAGUUCUCAGUGUGACAACCACGAUUGUUCACAAACUACAUAACCUGAUGGAGGACAAGAUCGCCCCAAUUAUGGACUCAAUCUUCGAGUGUACCCUUGAGAUGAUCAACAAGGAUUUCCACGAAUACCCCGAAUUCCGAGUCGAGUUCUUCAAGCUGCUUCAGGCAGUCAACCUAUUCUGCUUCCCAGCACUGCUCAAACUUGACGGUUCACAGUUCAAGUUGAUUAUCGACUCCUGCAUGUGGGCAAGCAAACACGACAACCGAGAAGUUGAAAACACCGGCCUGUCGAUGUGUCUGGAAUUGAUUAACAACAUGGCGGAGACCGACCCGCAGACUUCUGCCAUCUUCUUUCAGCAGUUCUACGUCCCGAUCCUGCAAGAUGUUUUCUACGUUGUUACGGAUUCCGACCACAAAGCUGGCUUCAAGUCACAGUGUAUGCUGUUGGCGCGCAUGUUCCAGCUGGUCGAGGCGAACAAGAUCAGCCAACCACUGUACAAGCCUGACCAAGCAGCUCCUGGCACGUCGAAUAAACAAUUCGUCACGGAGUUUACUGCCACACUCUUACACAACGCCUUUGCCAAUCUUCAAGAUGUUCAGAUCCAACAUUUCGUCCAUGGCCUAUUCACUCUCAACGAAGAUGCAACCAAGUUCAAGACUCACUUGCGCGACUUUUUGAUUCAAUUGAAGGAGUUUGCUGGUGACAACGCAGAAUUGUUCGCUGAGGAGCGUGAGCAGGAAAAGCAAGAUCUUGCAUCGGCCGAGCGUGAACGUGCACUGAAGGUUGGCGGUCUUAUCAAGCCAGCAGAUUUGGACCAGGAUGAUGAGUUGUGA